GACAUUCAGUCAACUGCAGCCAGUUCUAAUUGAAGGAAAAUGCAAGCCACACUCCGCAUUUUGCUGCUGUGCGGAUUAAUCUAUUCCGCGAUCGCUGCAUCCGGAUUUCAGAGCAUUAACUUUGGAGGCGGAGGAGGUGCACCUCCGGAAUGGAGCGAUAGUGCCCACAAUUCCGAUGUCGACAACUUGCUAAGGCGAUUGGAAAAGUUCGAUAACGAUGGCAAUGAUCGAAACAAUUGGGGAAACAACUUUGCUAGAUCUUCUGGAUUGGAUACUGAUAGAUCGAAGGAAUCGAGAGAGGACGCCUUUGGAAUGCAAUUCAUUAAUUUAGGUUAAGCUGAAUUUUAAUUUUAUUGAUUUUUAAAGUUCAAAAUAGAUUUGUUGACUAAAUUCUAAAUCUUGAAAAGUAUUUAAUAAACAUAAAUCACAUUUUAAAAUAAAUAUUCAAAACGUAAUGCCAAAACAAGUGCA